CGCGCAUGCCCAGACAGCCCAGACACUCCGGACAUUCGUUGACUCGAGCGGCACGAGAGAGGCGGAGGUAACCUCAAAACUCGGAAUUGAAGGAUACGCUCGUUUGAUCCCGCGCGAGCCCGGCUUCCAAAGACUCAGGUUAGCCUUUCAGUUUACGUCGUAAGCGGCGAAGGACUUUUCGCAACUCAGCUGCCCCGGGAAUCAUCUUGUCGCUUGAGCCGCGGUCGCGACAUGACGUCUCCUGUCGACGAGGGAAACGAGGUACUCGUCGUGUCGGGGAGCGACGUGCCCACGGAUGACGCGGCAGAUUUUACUGCCACGGUCGGGCAACGCGUCGGGGAUUCCGGCAGACUGCGAAUUGCGGGUUUAGCGGAUGUAAAAAAGGAAAGUUACGCGGCAUCCAUUUUCGAUGUCGUCAUUGCCAUUUUUAAACAACCGUGCACGAACGAGGAUUUCUUAACGGAAGCGCUGAGAAUUCUGAAGCCCAACGGCUCGCUUGUCAUUUAUGAACCGCUGUCGGCAGACAGGAAGCCGGAUACAGUACUUACGUAUUCCGACAGGGUGUCUAGGUUGAAAUUAUCUGGUUUUAAAGUGAAGGAUACGGAGCGGAAGAGCUUGGACCCGGAGAGUAAAGGUCUCUUGCUAAAAAUAUACAGCGAUGUGGGGGAUGUUUGCAAAGUGUCAGCGAGUAAACCACCGUUUGAGGUGGGUUCCAGUAUGCCCCUUUCACUUGCGAAAAAGGCAACUAAUGUAUGGAAACUAGACGACCCGGUAGAAGAAGAUUUUAUAGACGAAGAUGAACUUUUGGACGAGUCGGACCUUGCAAAGCCAGAUGCGUCAUCUCUAAGAGUUUGUGCGACAACGGGCAAGCGAAAAGCGUGUAAGGACUGUUCAUGCGGCCUCGCAGAAGAAUUGAGUGGCAAAGCUGCACCGGAAGGCACUGUUAAAUCCUCUUGUGGAAGUUGUUACCUAGGAGAUGCAUUCAGAUGUGCCAGUUGCCCUUAUCUUGGAAUGCCUGCCUUCAAACCCGGAGAAAAAGUACUUUUGCCCGACGCCCAGCUAACUGUCGAUUCAUGAGCUUUUGCCUUCCCUUUACACUACACAUUUAUACUAUGCGAUGCGACUUGUAAAAACGUAUAUUAUUUUUAUUCGUGCAAGUGACUACCCUGUUUCUAUACAAUUCUAUUUCAAAUGUUUUUCCUAUAUAAUGUACAAAGUAGAUAAAAUAAUUAUUCUUUAAAUAAAAGUGUACUUAAAUUAUAA